AUGACGGGUGAGAGAAAAGGAAAGCAUAAAAGGACGGCAAAUCCCUUCUGGAGGGCUCUUCUCUCUCUAUUCUCAUCCAGCAACCAACUUGAGACAAGUCACUCAUUCAUUCUUUUCAUCUCUUCCAGUCUCUUCAGUCAUUUCCCUUGCUGGUUCUCAUUCCUUCCUUUCUUCGAAACCACAUUCCUUCGAACAAACUUCAAAAUGCGCUUCUCCAUCGUUUUCUCGGCCGUCAUGGCCAGCUCUGCCAUGGCCGCUCCCACCAUCGUCGGAGGAGUUGGCAACAACGUUCCAGUCUCUAAGGGUGCUGUUGGAACAGUCAACAAGGUUGCCCCAGGUGUUGCAAGCCGCGAUGUCGUCAACGGAAUUGCUGGCGGUGCUGUCGGUACUGUCCACGGCGUCGCUAGCGGGGCUGCCGGACUCAAGACCGGAAGCAUUGUUAACCGUGACCUUGUUAACAACGCUGCUGGUGGUGCUGUUGGUGUUGCUGGCGGCGCUGUCAACCAAGCUGCUGGCGAUGUUGUUCACGGUGCUACUAACAGUAAGCGUGAUAUUGCCGGCCAAGCUGUUGGGGGAGCUACCGGAAUUGCCAACAAUGCUGUUGCUGGAACUGUCGGAGGUACCGUUGGAUCGGCUCUUAACGGAAAGCGCGAUGUCGUCAACCACGCUGCCGGUGGAGCCCUUCAUGUCGCUGGCAAUGCUGUUAACGGAGCAGCUGGUAACACAGUUGAUGGUGCUACUGGCGGUGCUCUCAAGCGUGAUGUUGUUGGCCAGGCCGCUAACGAUGCCACUGGAAUUACCAACGGUGCUGUCAAGAACACCGCUGGUGAAACCACUGGUCAGGUUGUCGGCAACGUUAAGAGAGAUACCCUUCCUAACUUGAACGGAGUUACUGGUGUUGUUGGUACUGCCAAGAACCUCGUUGGUGGUGCCACCGGAGGCGUCGCUGGAGGAAUUGUCAAGCGUGUGGAGGGUGUUAACAACAUGGUUUCUGGCGUUACUGAUAGAACCAUCGGCGGAGUUGGCAGCAUUCACCAGAAGCGUGAACUUCCUGUGGUUGGAGGUGUCACUGGCGCUGUCCAGGGAGUCACUGGUAACCUUCUAGGAGGUGCUGCCAGCCCCGUUGCCGGUAUCGCUGGCCGCCGAGUCUAA